AUAGGACUCUCGUGCUCUCCAGGACAACCCAAUUAUCUCGGUCACGGCUUCUGCCUUCUUCCUGCCGCACGCGUCGCCCAUUCGACGGCCGGAGCUCUCGGUCUCGGCUUCUGCCUUCCGCACGCGGCCUUCCCAUCGCAGCGAUCUGCCACCGGAGGGGGGUGGUUGUUGCUCCGCCGCCGGCCACCUCUGGAGGCCGCCAGAGCUCGCUGGGGUGGUAGAUCGGCCCCUGGUUUUGGGGGUUCAACUGAGCCCGUUUGCGCCAAGUAAAUUCUUCAAUUCCGCCACCGGGAAGCAUGAGGAGGCGGCCCGGGAUCGCUGGCUUGCAGAAUGCAGCGGCUACUCGCGAUCAAUUCCGGCUGGUCGGGGAGAAUGUAGCCAAGGUCAGGACCGACGUCAUGAAGGAGCAACUCGCGACGUUCCGGUCACAGCUCGAGGAAUUUGCUCGUAAGCAUAAGAGUGACAUCCGUAAAAAUCCGAUAUUUAGACAGCAGUUCCAUGAGAUGUGUGCAAAAGUUGGAGUAGAUCCACUGGCGUCUAAUAAAGGAGUUUGGGCAGAACUUUUAGGGAUUGGUGACUUCUACUAUGAGCUUGGAGUUCAGAUAGUUGACAUAUGCAUUGCAACCAGAUCACAUAAUGGUGGCUUGAUUGACUUGCUAGAUCUCCGUAAACGACUCUGUCAGAAGAGAAAAACUACUCUUGAAUCAUUAUCUGAAGAUGACUGUUUGCGUGCUAUAAGUAAGCUAAAAGUCCUUGGUAGUGGCUUUGAAGUAAUUUCUGUUGGGAGGAGGAAGCUUGUGCGUUCUGUUCCUACUGAAUUAAAUAAAGAUCACAGUGGGAUACUUGGGCUAGCACAGGCUGAAGGCUAUGUCAUGGUAGAACAAGUUGAAAAGGAAUUCUCAUGGUCUACUGGACGUGCGAUUGAUGCCCUUGAAACUUUGCUGAAGGAGGGACUUGCUAUGAUCGACGAUGGUCACAGGGACGGCAAGCGUAGAUAUUGGUUCCCUUGCGUCACUAUCAGCUCCGACACAACCGGUGUUGAAGCCAGGUCAUAACAUAUACCAUGUCAAUUCCACAACCACACCGUUUUUGUAUUCUUUUCCUUGUGUCCAUGAGAACUGGAACAAGCAGUGACACUGAAGAAUUACCUUUUCUGCCUCUGCCGCUUGCAAUAUAGCAUGUGUGCUAUGUCGAAUGAACUUGUGUAAGAAGCAUAUAAUAACACCACACUUACGAAUAUGAACUGUGACUUGAUCCC